AUGGCCAAGCAGGAGGAGCCAUAUCUGGCGCGGCUCUACCCGAGCUCCCCAAAAGAUGUCCUCAUCGAUCUCUACCUGGGCAAGUCCCUCUCGGACCUUCCCACACCGUCGGCCAUCCUCGACCUCGCGGCCGUAAGGAGGAACUGCGAGCGCAUGCUAAGCGCAUGCAGUGGCCUCGGUCUGCAAUGGAGGGCGCAUGUGAAGACUCACAAGACGGCAGAGAUCACUCGCCUGCAAGUCGGCGACGAUCCCGCCACGCCCGCGCAGAUUGUCGUGUCGACUCUGGAGGAGGCCGAGUUCCUCCUCCCGCUCCUCAAGGAGUACCACGCACAGGGCCGGGCCGUAAAUGUCUUGUACGGACUCCCAAUAGCCCCCGGGCGGAUGGCACGCCUGGCUGCCAUCGGUGAUGCCCUGGGCCACGGCAGCAUCAGCGUGCUGGUCGACCACCCAGCCCAGCUGGAGCACCUAGCCCGCUUCUUCGGCAACCAGGAAACGGCAGCGCAUACCGUUCCCCGUGUUUACAUCAAGGUGGACAUGGGCGGGCGGAGGGCCGGUGUCGAGGUCGGUUCCGAGUCGUUCCGCGCCGUCACCGACGCGGCGCUGGCGGCGCACGACGCCGGCGCUGUUGUCUUGGCCGGCAUGUACUCUCACGCCGGUCACUCGUACGGUGGCGACAGCCGCACGACCGCCGUCACCAUGAUGACCGCCGAGCUGGACGCCCUCGUCAAGGGCGCCGACGCGGUGGUGCAGGCGGCCAUGGCGAGGCUGAGCUCUCAGAGAAGGCACUUGCCACCCUUGGUUCUGUCCGCGGGCGCGUCUCCCACUGCCCUCGCGGUGCAGAACCUCCUAUCAUCGCCCCAAGCCGCUGGACUCCCGAGUGAUUUGGUGUCCGCUACGACCACCCUCAGUGCCCUGUUCCAGGAGAUCAAGUCCAAGGGGCACGUCGCCGAAAUCCAUGCGGGCGUGUACCCGCUGCUCGACAUGCAACAGCUCGCCGUACACUCCGUCUCCUCGGCCCUGGCCUCGUGGAGGGACGUGGCAAUGACAGUUCUUUCCGAGAUUUGCAGCACGUAUCCCGGCCGAGGCCAUGACGGCAAGACCUCCGAAGCCCUGUGCGGUGCGGGAGGCCUGGCGCUUGGGCGCGAGUUCUGCAAAGCGUACCUGGGGAUGGCGGUUGUCCACCCCUGGGGCAGGAAGGGCGCCGACGGCAAGCCGCUUGCGCUGCCGGACUGCGACGUGGAGAGCUUCGAGGGCUGGAUCGUAGGCAGGUUCUCCCAAGAGCAUGGAAUUCUGACCUGGCACGCGCCUGACGGCCAAGGUUCUGGCAAGCCUGACGAGUUCGAGAUCGGCCAGAAAGUACAGCUCUGGCCCAACCAUGCUUGUAUAACAAGUAGCCAUUUUGGGUGGUACUUCGUUAUAGAUUCGGAUCUCAAAGGCAGGGAGGACGAGGUUGUGGACAUCUACAUCAAGACAAGGGGCUGGUGA